ACCCGAGACGCUCGGCCCAUCAGCGCGUCAAAUGACCCGCGCGCAAAAAAUGCACGCUUACAUACCUAUCACGGUUCUGUGGCUCACAGUAAUAAGUGCGCGAACACUCGACGAUUACGAGAGAAACAAGACGAGCCUACUCGAACAGGAAGCAAUAGUCUCCGUCGGAGCAGGACUCAGACUCUCCGAAGAUGAGCUCCAAGUGAACAACAUACUAAUGACGCUAAAGGACGAAGAAAACAAAAAUUCCAUCGCUAACCCCGAAAAUUACAACUUCACAAAACAUUACUUCACAUACAGGGACCAGAUAGAGAAGUCACGUGUUUAUCAAAUUAUCAAACGGAUGCCCAAAGGAGCGGCGCUGCAUGUACAUAGCACGUUUGUGUUGGACGAGGAAUACAUGCUCAGUCUAACGUAUGAGGACCACUUAUAUGGUUGUUAUGUUGGCACCGAUUUAAAAUUACGCUUCUCAGACGGCGUCCCCCAGCGACCUUGCCCCACCAACUGGACUCUUUUAAGUGAACUCAGGAACGCGACUGAUGUCGAACAAUUUGACUCAGAACUCAAGAAACGCUUCACUCUUUACUGUAGAGACCAAAAGGACAUUGACACCGACAUAAACGCCGUCUGGAACCACUUCGACAGCAUACACUCUAUUACCAAGCCUUUAAUUACAUACAGACCAGUCCGCGAGAAGUACAUAUACGAAAGUUUGAAAAGAUUCUAUGAUGACAAUGUGAUGUACAUAGAAAUGAGAAGUGGUUUCCACCGGUUAUAUGAACUUGAUGGAUCUGAAUAUGAUCCCACGUUUUUGGUUCGACUGCAUAUGGAUGUAACAAAGAGGUUUAUAGAAGACCACCCAGAUUUUAUUGGAAUAAAAUUUAUUUUAACGAAACAUCGUAGCGCAAAUAUCAAGGACAUCCAGGAAGCCGUGAGCGUAGCGAGAAAGAUCAAAACUGAGUAUCCUCACAUGUUCGCAGGGUUUGACUUAGUCGGUCAGGAAGAUGUGGGUAGACCUUUGUCAGAAUUUUUGCCAGCGCUACUUGACGCGAAUGAUAUGGACUUCUUUUUCCACGCUGGAGAGACAAAUUGGCUCGGAAUGCAAUCUGAUGAGAAUCUGAUCGAUGCUAUUCUCUUGGGAACGAAGAGGAUAGGACAUGGUUACGCGUUAGCAAAGCACCCGGUUCUGAUGUCGCUUGUGAAGAAAAAAGAUAUAGCUGUGGAAGUGAAUGUGAUAUCAAAUGCUGUGUUGGCGUUAUCGCGUGAUGUGAGGAACCAUCCUUUAGCUAUUUUCUUGUCCUUUGGACUGCCAGUAGUGUUAUCGAGUGACGACCCGGGAGUGUGGGGAGCGGCUCCGUUAUCCCAUGACUUCUACGUCGCUUUCAUGGCUGUAGCCAAUCAGCAUUCGGACUUGAGACUCUUGAAGCAACUAGCUAUUAAUUCUAUAAGAUACAGUGCUUUGGAAAACAGAAGAAAAACAAGACUGUUCAAAGUGUUCAACAAAAGGUGGAGUGAGUUUUUGAAAGAAGUGUUAGCAAUGAGUUUGUAGAUCAUUAGACUAAUUAGUGAAUACUUAUGAGUAAAUAGGCUAUUAUGCAGUGAUUUAAUUUUCACGUGAAUUAGGAGUUAUUGUUCUCCAAUGAGAAGCCAGAUUGAAUGUGAAUGAAUCAAAUAAGCCUUUCAAAGGUGAACGUACUUUGGUAAUCAAACAACUUUUGUUUUUACCGUAUUUUAACCUCAGAAAUACAUACCUGUUUAUUUAUUUAUAUAGUUGUUUUAAAAGUCAACAAGUAACUUGUUACUUUAACAUCAGGUACAAAGAAUGAUUCUUAGAAGGUUAUUUUAGAUACAAAUGUAAAAAAGGGGUCUGUAAGCUGUUUUUCUACGGUGGAUAAUUGUUAGCUUCUGCAUUAAGUGUGUGUUAACACAGAUGUAAAUAUUAUAAUUCAUUUACAUCGCGUUGCUGCUAUAAAAACACUGACAUGAUAAUAAUUAUAACACGAUUUCCAUCUUUUGAUAGGUAUGCAAAAACAAAAAACAUCUCCCAUCGUCUGUACAUAUUCUGUACAUGUUUUUGUGCGAUGAAGAAUUACUUAUUGAUUGACUGGAAAAACAAUCAUUCAAUUGCGCACAUUAGAGCACUAAAAUCACAUAUUAUUGUAUUGUAAGAGAACUUUUGUUGGUGCAAAUAAUGUUAUCCUGGUGAAUCCGUAAUAGCCCUGCGGGCUUAGCACCGUAAGCGCGCGACUCUUUCUCGCCUCGACAUACGUCACCCGUCACUCUCUCACAGUACUGCACAGAGAGAGACAGAUGAUCUUUGUCGCGGCGAGAAACUACUGAAUGCGACUUUAUGAGUUGAGUUAUUGAAUUCAUCUUUGGAUCAUAGGUAAUUGAUAUCACGUGGUUCACAGGAUGGUGCCCGAUUGAGUCUUGGUAGGGACCAAGCCUGGGACGGCACAUAGAGAUGUGCCUAUGGGAUUAAAACAUAGCUGGAGAAGAGUGGUUCAGAUGUUUUGCUAUGUUAUGUUGGUAUUUUGUUUUUUUGUUGUGUUGAGCGUUGAGCUUACGAUCCGGAGGUCCUGGGUUCGAAUCCCGAUAGGGUCAUAUCACAAAACUAAACUCUGUGUUUGGUUUGGCUGAUCACUCGAUUGUCCGUGUGAAAUGAUCCGUGCUUCGGUAGGCACGUUAAGCUGUUGGUCCCGGUUACUACUUAAAGGUGUAAGUGAGUAAUUGUUACAUGAGUCGGCGGCUCAAUAAUAACCCUGACACCAGGGUUGAUGAGGUUAUCCACCUUACAACCCACACGAUAGAAGAUUUUGUUUUAUCCUUUGUUUCUGUAACUUUUGUGUGUUCUGUGGAUGUAAUAAAGUAUUUGUUAUGUUAUGUUAUGUAACUAGUAUCUACCGUUAUGUAACUUCUACUGGAGCUGUGGUAGCCUAGUUGAAAGAACGCUUGACUCUCGUUGGGAGGCUGCGGGUUCCAAUCCCAGCAUGGGCCAAAACCAAUGAUUUUCGAAUUUGUUUUCGAAUCCAAAUCUGGAUCAUUAAUGAUUACAAUGUGGGCAACGGUAAAGUAUAACAUUAAGAGGAAAGUUGCAUUCUCUGGAAAUGCGUUUCGGAUGUAUGUGACCCUGACCUGUAUUGGGCUGGAUUUUAGACAAGCAGUCGCUUCUGUAAAAGACCGGACCUGUCAAAUCUUUAGGUUAGGUAAGCGGACCCAGUGGAAAACGGGAUAAUGCAAGGGAGGUGAUGAUGAUGUAAUAACGCGCCUCGCCUCUAAAAAAGGCUUUAACAAUCUGUGUUAUUAAUAACAUGUAUGUUACGUUGUGUUAUUGUAAAUAUCAUUAGUUAUAGAUAGUUAUUUCAUAUUUGUCAAGUAUUCUAAUUUAAGCCGUUGAUGAGAUUACAAUUAAAUAAAUGUAUUUUCAACUUU